AGGAGGAGGAGAUGGGGCAGUGAGGUAGAGCCGAUCAGAGUCAGUCAAAACUAGGAGUCGCAGAGGGAUUAUCAGUCAACUGGACUCGUGUGUAUGUGGUAUGGAAGCCAGCACCAGUGCCCGGACCGUCUCUCCCUCCCCCGGGGCUCGGUGAUGUGUCAGCUCGGCCCCUCCGUGAAGGCCCGGGGAUCGGUGUAAGUUUAUGUUAGCACUCGGGCUAGCUGGUUAGCUCCCCGCCGCUAGCUCCCUCACUCCCGCUGGCUACUUCUUCCCAACUUGUCAACAGCCGAUCGAUCCUGGACCUGGCCCGGGCCACUCAGGGGACCCUUCCGUUUUAGCCCACCGGCAGUUUCCCCACCACCGACAACUCUUCUGACCCUCAGCACUACAGGGAGAGUCUCCAACUCUGUCUACUUUGCCAUCAUCCUUGGUCCACCGUGGAGGUAUCGAUCCUGAACGUGUUCAUGCUGAAUUAAAAAUGGAACUUCUGUGGAUGUUUGUCAGGGCACGGCUACAGUCAUGGUUGGAUUAAUCCGCUAGGGGGGCCCGGGGCAAAAAAAAAAAAAAAAGUCACCCCCACCCCCAAAGCCCUUUCCUCCACCACGAUCAACAGCGCCCAGUGUGUACACAGUGUAAGCACACUGUCCCCUCAACGCACUCACCAGUGGAGCUAUGAUGGCAACGUGACAAGAGGGGAGCCGCUGAGUCAGCUUCAACAGGAACCAUGGAAGGGGUUCAGCCUACUGUUACCGAGCAGCAUGACCGGGUGAACGGUUGCUGCGAGCCCAAAUCCCCCCAGGACGCUGCCGAAGUCAGGUGGACGUCCCCGAAGAGAGAGUCUGGUGGUUCGGACAGCUGUGGGGGGGCAAGUGUCUCAGAGCUGACAGACGUGCAAGAGUUGAAGGCCAGGGAAAGUGAGGAUGAGGAGGACAAUGAGAAGAAGAAGGGAGUCCCUGUCUCCAAAGGGCUGAAAGGGGACCAGAAGAGAAAGGAGAAGGAGCCUCUGGAUCAGGAAAAGAACAAUCACAGCAAGCAAAACAGCAGUGGAGCAUCCAGCUACACAGACCUGUCCCAUACCUCGUCCCCCUCGCUGUCAGAGCAGCUGCGUCUUGGCCGCGAGGACAGCACAGGGGCAGGGAUCAGUGUGGAGUGUAAGGUCUGUGGGGACAAGGCCUCGGGCUUCCACUAUGGCGUGCACGCCUGUGAGGGUUGCAAGGGCUUUUUCCGGCGAACCGUGCGGAUGAAACUGGAGUACGAUCGCUGUGAGCGUUCCUGCAAGAUUCUGAAGAAGAAUCGCAACAAGUGCCAAUAUUGUCGCUUCCAGAAGUGCCUGUCUUUAGGAAUGUCCCAUGAUGCGAUCCGAUACGGACGUAUGCCUGAGGCGGAGAGGAAGAAGCUGGUGGCUGGCCUGCUUGCAGAGGAACUGACGGUUAGCAAACCAGGUGGCUCUGACUUGAAGACCUUGGCCAAACAAGUCAACGCAGCCUACCUGAAGAACCUCGUUAUGACCAAGAAGAGGGCCCGCAGCAUCCUGACAGGCAAAACCAGCAGCACCUCGCCGUUUGUUAUCUACGACGUGGACACACUCUGGAAGGCAGAGAGUGGUUUGGUGUGGAGCCAGUUACUUCCAGGUGCGCCCCUGACCAAGGAGAUUGGGGUCCAUGUGUUCUACCGCUGUCAGUGUACUACGGUGGAGACUGUGCGAGAGCUGACCGAGUUUGCCAAGUCCAUUCCAGGGUUUCAGGACCUCUACCUUAAUGACCAGGUGACUUUGCUAAAGUAUGGCGUGCACGAGGCUAUUUUUGCAAUGCUGCCGUCUCUCAUGAACAAAGAUGGACUGUUGGUGGCCAACGGGAAAGGCUUCGUCACCAGGGAGUUCCUGCGAAGCCUAAGAAAGCCCUUUAGUGAGAUCAUGGAGCCCAAAUUUGAGUUUGCUGUCAAAUUUAAUGCUCUGGAGCUGGACGACAGUGACCUGGCCCUGUUUGUUGCUGCCAUUAUUCUCUGUGGAGAUCGUCCCGGGCUAAUGAACGUGAAGCAGGUGGAGCAGAGUCAGGACAACAUCCUCCAGGCUCUGGACCUCCAUCUCCAAGCAAACCACUCUGACUCCCUCUACCUCUUCCCCAAGCUGCUGCAGAAGAUGGCCGACCUCCGUCAGCUCGUUACUGAGAACGCUCUGCUCGUCCAAAAGAUUAAAAAGACUGAGUCGGAGACCUCGCUCCACCCUUUACUACAGGAGAUCUACAAAGACAUGUACUAGUGUUCUUCAGCACAGACUUCUUUCAGCAAUACUGUUACAGACUUAAAUUUGACAGUUGAAAUAAUACACUGCAUUCAGUAAAAGCACUGUUCCGCAUUCGGGCUUGGAUUUUGUCAUGUGCAGAUGAGACAAAGUCGAAUGGUAGAGUUAACACAAUCAGCAAAGUCUUCAAAAUGUAAAGUUACCUUCAACAAUGUAAUGCGUGUGUGUGUGUGUGCGUGCGCAAGAUAUAUAGAGAGAGAGAGAGAGAGAUGCACAUCUGGAAUCAUUUGCUGCAAGUCCAAGUUUCCCACAACGGUCACUUAACAGAGAGAAUGAUAUGUUUUCUCACCGAGGCUGCUCCUAUUUCAUCCUAAUAGCAAAAGCUGACCCCAGAGCAGUGUCUAGAGAGAGCUUCUCCUCGCUCACCGCGGCUCUGAGCUUUGCCGUAAAGGGAAAAAAUGUCAAGUUCUUUCACCAAUGGCUCAGUUGCAAUGAAAAGAGCCGUCAGUUUGUACUUUGCAGAGUUUCUUACGAUGCCAAUGUCUUUGGUUGGAGUGAUUGUCGCCCGACUUCGGGUGAAACUGAAGAUGCACAAAUUGGUUUUAUGUUUACAUCGUUCUCAUCAUCAAUGACUUCUUCCUUUGCCAUUUGGUUAAUAGAACACAAACUGGGCUGGCUCCAGCAGUGUAGAGCUCUCUCAUUGCAGCUGUCUGUGCAAUACAAUUUCCAUUUAUUUCAAUAAAUGUGGAGAUCCAAGUUCUUUUAGCUUUUGUCUUAAAGCCAUCUACCCAAGUGGUAACUAAUGGACUGUGCUGCACAGAUUUACUUUCUGAAGCUGACACUACAAACGCAUGAUCCGCUGAAGUACAAGGGACAACAUGUUUUUCUUUUUUUUCUCAAACAUGCAAACUGUCAUAAACUUGCUGUUUCAAGGUUUUUGUUAGUUCAUUUGUAAUUAUGUUACUAAUUAUUUGUAAUUGUUGAUUAUACCUGUAAGGACAAAACCUAAAUAAUCAGCUUUGUUUUAUGUA